UCCUCUCUACUUGAGCCACGUUUAAUACUAUAUCCUCAUUUGUUCUCUCAUUAUAGUACUCAAGGUAGUUUUAACAUUGCAGUAUCCCUCGCCGACGCUACAAUACAUUUCAGAUAUCCUCAAAUACUGCGUAUCUAUGAUCAUUUCAACCUUUCCACUGGUAAUGUAAUGUUCUAUAAAGUGACUUUAACUUCUACAAACACAGUAAUAAACACAGUAAUAAACAUAGUAAAGAACUGCAAGACAAAGUUGUCCACUGUCCACUGAUUUCAACAAGGUUGAUAUGGCAAAUUGGCAAUAGUAAAAGGGUUAUUUCAUCUAUCUCUAAACUUUUAGCUAAUAUAUGUAACUUAUCAUUUCAGACAGGUGUUUUUCCUGAUAAAAUGAAAAUAGCUGAAGUUAUACCUUUGUUCAACAGCGGGAACAGACAUCACAAAUUACAGGCCUGUCUCUUUAUUGUCACAAUUCUCAAAAAAAAACUUGAAAACGUCUUUAAUAAAAGGUUGGAUGCAUUCCUUGAUAGAUACCAUAUUCUUGCUGAAAGUCAAUAUGGUUUUUGUUCAAAUACAUCAACAACAAUGGCACUGAUAGAAACAAUAGAAGAAAUCACAAAAUCCAUAGAUGAGAAACAACAUGCUAUGGGAAUAUUUAUUGACUUAAAAAAAGCAUUUGAUACCAUCAAUCAUCAAUUAUUAAUCACCAAAUUAGAUAAUUAUGGCCUUAGGGGAAUAGUAUUAGAUUGGGUUAGGAGCUAUUUACAGUAUCUAAGAGGAGACAAUUUGUUAAACUAGGGGAUUUUUGUUCUUCUACCCUGGAUAUUGUGUGUGGGAUCCCACAAGGUUCGGUGCUGGGGCCCAAAUUGUUUAUUUUGUAUAUUAAUGAUAUUUGCAAUAUGUCUAAGAUUGAAAUUGGUUCUUUUUGCCGAUGACACAAAUAUUUUUUGUUCAGGAGAGAAUUUAAAGAAAUUACAGGAAGAUAUGAAUGAAAUGGGUAAAUUGAAAAUUUGGUUUGAUUAUAGUAAAUUAUCUUUAAAGUUAGGAAAAACAAAUUUAUGUUGUUUGGUAAUAAUAAAAGGAAUUCACAGGCAUUUAUUUCUAUUGAAGGAGUGGACAUUGCGAGUUUCUGAAAUACAAUUUCUUGGAGUCAUUAUGACGAAAACCUCAAUUGGACACCACAUAUUAAGUAUUUGCAAAAGAAAAUAUCAAGCAGUAUUUCAGUAGUAAAUAAAACAAAAUUGUUUUUAGAUUUUGAUUCUCUUUAUAGUCUGUACUGUUCUUUAGUUCUACCUUAUUUAACUUACUGUGUGGAAGUCUGGGGGAAUAAUUACAAAAACUCAUUACAAACUCAAACUAUUCUUCAAAAAAAGAGUAAUAUGUAUUAUGAUAUGUGGAUCAUACUCAUUCCCUUUUUUUUAUUCAAGGAUUUUAAAAUUUGCUGAUUUGGUACAUUACGAAACAGUGCAAAUUAUGUUCAAGGCAAAUAAUAAUAAAUUGCCUGGUAAUAUUCAACAAUUUAGAAGAAGUACAUUAUAAUCUAAGGACAUUUAAUUUAAAAAAAAAAAAAAGAUUAGGAACAGAACAACAAUGAGAUGUUUCUGUAUAUCAGUUUGGUGAGUAAGGAUGUGGAAUGCUUUGUCUGAAUGUACUGUAGAGUUAAAAGAAUGUCAAAGUAUUUAUCGAUUUAAGAGAAUGUCCAUAUUUAAAUGUUACAUGUGCGAAACUGUGCAAUGAUGGUCUAUUAUUGAUUUAUUUUGUGAUAUAGAUAUGCAUGUACAGCAUGUAUAGUUUUGAAUUAUAUGGAAGUGCGUCUUACAUAUAAAAUUCAUUAUAUUUCGAAUGUGCAGGGGUGAGGACCUUAUAACAGUGGUUCUUAACCUUGCUAAAGGUACCAAACCCCUGGCGUUUCACAGAUGCAUUCGCCGAACCCUUUGGAAUGUCAUAAUACAGCGAAUAUUUUUUACGAAUUCAAAACUUAAAGAGUGAGUUGACACCCAAGUAAAUUCCUGUUCAAAUUUCUUCCAGAUUUCAAAUUCAUGAAAAAUAAUUUUGCUUUUCGCUGUUGAUUUUCACAUUGCUAAAUUAAAUUAAAUACAUUUCACACUGUUACUUUUUUUGUUGUCAUGUCUACAUUCUCAUUUUACUGUUGCAUCCUUGCAUCACAUAUUAGUUUUAUGGCGUAUAGUAAUGUUGUUGUUUUUUUUUUUUUUUUUUUUUUAAAUAUUUUUUUACACAGUUUACGUUGCCUGUAGGUCUGUUAUUGCAAGUGCCAGUCAACCUUCCACUGAGAAAACCGAUUUCUCCUCCCAUCUGAUUGAGGGCUGGCAUUUGCAAAAAAAAAAAAAAAAAAAAUGGAAUAAAACCUGUAAAUUGAGGGCAAAGCAGUCCAAAACCUGGUCUAAAAAGCCACUUUGCCUAGAUUUAUUCAGCGUACAAAAUAGGGCUCUACGUUUCUUAACCUUCACUUCAAACCCCAGUUAAGAACCACUGCCUUAUAAGCUAUGCUUCUCACUCCUUUUCAGAUGUUUGUGUUAUUAUUUCAAUUAAUAAUUUAUAUGUUGAUUUGUCUUAACAUCUGCAAUCAAUCAAUCAAUCAAUCAAUCAAUCAAUCAAUCAAUCAAUCAAUCAAUCAAUCAAUCAAUCAAUCAAUCAAUCAAUCAAUACAAAAGCUAGGUUCUGUUUCGUGUGCUAUGGCAUUCAGUUUCACAGGCUGGACUGUCUCGUGUGCUUCGGCGCUGUAGUGUUUUCUGUUUUGACGCCGCGCACGCUAUGUGACGUCAUCGUGGGAGUGUUCCUCCAUCGGGAGAGAUGAACGGUCACCAACACAAUCCUCUCAGCGCCCACCAUGUGAUUUUUCUAAAUGUUAGUGGAAACAGCUGACUAAAGAACAAGAGCCAUUGUGUCAGAGUUUCAUUUGGAGGACUUAACCAAAGGAGGUGGUCCUGGAAUUUUAAUUCUGUAACCUGUUUGUUGGACCACAUAUUUGCUGAUGGGAACAUCUGAAGCCAAUCCUGCUUUGUGAGUCAGAAGAGGAGAGGUUGGACUGAUGACAAGCAUGACAUUGAACCAAGCCACAGAUGCAUGCCUACUCAAAAAAUUCAACUGAGCGCCAUCCAACCAGCCUCUCAGACGGGAGGUCUGGGGGGUGUCGACGCCGCGUAGAUAGACCCGCGCACCCCCCGGCCCCAAGUAGAACUGGAGGCCCCUGAUGGAUCAGGGUUGUAGUGAGCAGUUUCCAGAGGAAGCGGACUCAGGAGGCCGGGCAGAACAGGAGGGCAGCAGGAGGGCGUCAGACUCCGAGCAUGGUUUGUCCAAAAUCACCCAUAACGCCUUGGAGAACAUGGGAGCUUUGGGCCAUGGCUUGAAGCAGCUCUUCCAGCCGCAGCGCAGGCGUUCCUCUGUUUCCCCGCACGAUACCGCCGCUUCCUGUGCGAGCGCCCCCAUUUCCGAGCCCACCGAUGUAGUCUCAGAAGGCGGGGACACCCGAGCCCCCUCGGCUCUCUCCGUGGAUUCUGACGGUCCUGCUGCUUCCGCACCUCCCGCAGCUCUGAGCCGUGUGCUGCAGCAGAUCCGUGGUGCUCCACCAAUGAUGAAGCGAGGCACCAGCCUGCAGAGCCGCCGCAGCAAAGCGGGGGUUACCGGGGACGCCACUCAGAAAGGGAGCCCCCAGAUUCACCGGCGCAGCACCCAUGAGGCCCUGCUGCAGGCUGGAAGACCUCGCUCCUCCUCCACCACGGACACUCCCAGCAGCCCCGCCCUGGCGGACAUGCUGCUUACAUCGGGCUACCAUUCCACUGAGGAGCCUGACAAGUCGGAUCGAUACGAUGGAUCGGCUCCUGCUGCUUCACCUAAUGCCGUGUCCUGCGGUGGGGACGGGUACGAUGUGGUCGACAGCACACCGGAUCCUCAGCGCACAAAACAGGCCAUCGCCCAACUGCAGCAGAAGAUUCUCAAGCUCACGGAACAAAUCAAAAUCGAGCAGACGGCACGUGACGACAACGUGGCCGAAUACCUUAAGUUGGCCAAUAACGCGGACAAGCUGCAGAGCGUGCGGAUCAAGCAGGUGUUUGAAAAGAAGAACCAGAAAUCCUCGCAGACCAUCCAGCAUCUGCAGAAGAAGCUGGAGAACUACCACCGCAAGCUCCGUGAAGUAGAGCACAACGGCAUCCCGCGUCAGCCCAAAGACGUGCUACGUGACAUGCACCAGGGCCUGAAAGAUGUCGGUGCCAAGGUGACAGGCGGCCUCUCCAGCAUUUCCCAAGCUACUCACUCUGCAGCUGGCGCCGUGGUAUCCAAGCCGAGGGAAUUCGCUUUCCUCAUCCGCAACAAGUUUGGCAGCGCCGACAACAUCGCCGCCCUUAAAGAUUCUCUAGACGAGACGGCGGGAGACGAGAGCGUCUGCUCCGGGGGUGUGAGGACCCUCGGCGUGGGGCACCUGCAGUCCAGUCCAAAGUACGGCAGCGAGGAUGACUGUUCCAGCGCCACCUCUGGCUCCGCUGGGGCUAACAGCACGACCGGAGGCCCCGGGGGUCCUCCCAGCUCCAGGGGCAACACACUCGAUCCUUCUCAGGCGUCGGGAUUCGACGCUAUGCUCCAUGAGAUUCAAGAGCUGAGGGACAACCAAGGUCGACUUGAAGAGUCCUUUGACAACUUGAAGUCGCACUACCAGCGCGACUACACCAUGAUCAUGGAGGCCCUACAAGAGGAGCGAUUCAGGUGUGAACGCUUGGAGGAGCAGCUCAAUGAUCUCACCGAGCUGCACCAGAAUGAAAUCCUCAACUUGAAGCAGGAACUCGCCAGCAUGGAGGAGAAGAUUGCCUACCAGUCCAACGAAAGAGCCAGAGACAUCCAGGAGGCGCUGGAGGCAUGCCAGACUCGCAUCUCCAAGAUGGAGCUGCAGUUGCAGCAGCAACAGCAGCAGGUGGUCCAGCUGGAGGGUUUGGAGAACGCCACGGCACGGACGCUCCUGGGAAAACUGAUCAACGUGCUUCUUGCUGUCAUGGCUGUGCUGCUGGUGUUCGUCUCCACCGUGGCCAACUGUGUGGUGCCGCUGAUGAAGACGCGGGGCCGCACGCUCUCCACGCUGCUCUUGGUAGUCUUAGCCGCCUUCCUGUGGAGGCACUGGUACGCUUUCGCCGAGUAUCUGCAUCGCUUCCUGCUGCACCCCAGAUGACGUGACGGUGUGCGGGACUUAAAGCUUUUCCCGCCACGAUGUGACUUCUUGUGCGGCGGCCCGCUUUUACGCUGUUUCAUCACACGAGAGACGAUACGACCGCUCCACACCCAGUCUUUGGUGCAAUCGUGGCUUUGAGAGAAUCGCACACUUUAUCUCUCUCUUCUGAGUCAUUUUGUUUACACGUGGACCACAUUACAUUAUUGCUUUUAACAAAACCCCUCAACAUUGUUUUGGGCGUAUUUAUUUUUUAACCAUCUGCUGACGUCCACAUUUUUAAAUUUUAUUUUUCCAUCCAUCCAUCCGCCCGCUCGUCCUUUUUGACUUUUCAAAUCUUGUGACCAAAUCUUCCCCGAUUUAAGAACUGGGCGUUUUAACAACAGCGCCAUACACUGGCUCAAAAUGAUCACAAAAACUUUGUACGGAGCAAGCAAAUAGAAGUUUUACUGCUGAAGAUUAAUGAACUUAACAUACUUGAAAAGCACUCCAAGUGCUCAAAGACUCAGUGCUUCCGUACUGUUUCUUUUUGUGACAAUGAAAUAGUCAAGGCUUGUGUUUUCUUUUUAAAGUCCAAUAAAUUCUUUUAAAAGGUGUAAUUCAAUUGAGUCAGUCAUGUUCAUUUUACAGUGAAACAGGCAUCCAAUGGAAC